AUGGUUAGGUAUUUCCCAAGUGAUGACAGGAGUGUCCUGCCUGCCCGCUUUGGAUUCUUGCCGGGGAAUCCAACCACCGCCGGAGAGGUCGUCAGCAGUCGUGUCUUCUCCGCCAGACUUCCAGUGGUUUGCCGGGAGAUUCACGAUAAACAACCGUUCGGAAUGUUCAGAGGCGAAAAUGGUAUGAAUUACACAUUUUCAACCUUUUUGCUUGAAGCAAUACUCAUCAUUUUCUUCAUCAAAGCCGUUUACUUCAUCCUUCGACCUCUUCGUCAACCUCGUAUAGUCUGCGAGAUCAUCGGUGGAAUGGUGAUAGGACCGUCCAUGUUAGGACAAAGCCGAAACUUCAAUUACUAUCUUUUCCCACCGAUUUCGAAUUACAUAAUCGCAAACUUGGGACUGUUGGGAUUCUUUUACUUCCUUUUCCUCACAGCUGCAAAAACGGACGUUGGGGAAAUCUUUAAAGCACCAAGAAAGCACAAGUACAUUGCUGCCAUCAGUGUUUUGGUACCGAUUGCUUGCGUGGGAGGCACGGGUGCUGCCCUAAAAGACACAAUGGAUGAAAGAUUGCAAAAGGCUUCGUCCAUUGGAGGGGUCACGUUCGCCUUGGGUUUCACGUCAUUCCCGGUCAUUUACACUGUUUUGAGAGACAUGAACCUUCUCACCUCAGAAGUGGGCAAGUUCGCCAUGUCGGUGACUCUCCUUGGAGACAUGGUAGGGAUCUACGUGCUUGUUUUGUUUGAAGCCAUGACGCAGUUUGACGGAGGAGGAGGAGCAUAUUCUGUUAUCUGGUUUCUCAUAUCGGCGGCCAUCUUGGCCGCCUUUUUGCUUUUGGUUGUGAAACGCAAAUUUGAUUGGAUUGUCGCUCAAACGCCUUCGGGAAGACUCGUGAACCAAAACUACACCGUCAUGAUUCUCAUGGGUGUCCUUGUCUAUGCUUUCUUCACUGACAUGUUCGGUAUGGCUAUAGCCGUAGGACCUAUUUGGCUAGGGCUGGUGGUGCCUCAUGGCCCACCGUUGGGUUCGACGUUGGCAAUUCGGAGCGAGACCUUUAUUAAUGAAUUCUUAAUGCCUUUCUCCUUUGCUUUGGUGGGACAAAAAACCAAUGUCUACUUACUUACCGACGAGACUUGGCCCAAACAGGUCUCUCCUCUCGUUUACAUGAGCAUCGUCGGAUUCGUUACCAAGUUCAUCUCCUCCACUGCCGCUGCUCUCUUCUUUAAAGUCCCCACCAGGGACAGUCUCACGCUUGGCUUAAUGAUGAACUUGAGAGGUCAGAUCGAAGUUUUGCUCUACUUGCAUUGGAUAGACAAACGUAUGGUAGGGUUACCGGGUUAUAGUGUCAUGGUUUUGUAUGCAAUUGUGGUCACGGGUGUAACAGCGCCAAUCAUCAGCUUCCUAUACGAUCCCACUCGGCCUUAUAGAAGUAGCAAACACCGCACAAUUCAGCACACUCCUCAACACACCGAGAUGGGACUGGUACUUGCAGUCUCCGACCUCGAAACCUUCACUGGCUUGGUCACUUUUCUCGACUUCGCCUAUCCCACUAAAACUAGUCCCUUGUCUAUAUUCGCAAUCCAGCUGAUGGAACUGGCGGGGCGUGCUCAACCGUUGUUUAUUGAAAAUGAGAAGCGAAGGAAGGAGGAGGAGGAAGAGUACGAGAUGGAUGGGGAAGAGCCUGCGCAUACGAGGAGCAAGCGAAUAGACCAGCUGCAGAGCGCCUUUAAGCUGUACGAAAAGAAAAGAAGCGAGUGUGUGACGUUGCAUGACUACACCGCCUAUGCUCCAAAGCGUCACAUGUAUCAAGAUAUUUGCGAGCUUGCCUUGAUCAAGAAAGCCGCUUUUAUUCUCUUACCUUAUCAGAAAGAGCGUCUUCAAGACGCAGCCCUUACCGAGCUACGUGACUCCGGUAUGCUAUCUGUAAACGAAGACGUCUUGGCACACACACCUUGCUCCGUUUGUAUCUAUUACGAGAAGGGACGACUUAAAAACGCCGUGGCUCGAUCAAGCCAUACGAGGCAAGAAAUGCACCGUUUAGUGGUUCUGUUUUUAGGAGGAGCUGAUAACAGAGAAGCUCUGCAUCUGGCUGAUAGGAUGACGGAGAACCCGGACAUAACCAUGACGGUGGUUAGGUUCUUGGCGUACAACCACGAAGGAGAGGACGAGAGGGAGAAGAAGCUGGACGAUGGGGUGGUGACGUGGUUCUGGGUCAAGAACGAGAGCAACGCUAGGGUUAGUUACAAGGAGGUUGUUGUCAAGAACGGUGCUGAGACGUUGGCUGCGAUUCAAGCAAUGAACGUCAAUGACUACGAUCUGUGGAUAACCGGGAGGAGAGAAGGGAUCAAUCCAAAGAUUCUGGAAGGGCUGUCUACGUGGAGCGAGGAACACCAGCUUGGAGUCAUCGGAGACACCGUGGCUGGGAGUGUUUUCGCCUCGGAGGGUUCAGUCUUGGUAGUGCAGCAACAAGUGAGGAACCAGAAGGGUGGUGAUGGUUUCUUGAACGGCAAGUUUGAUUACAAGAGUAUAGUGUCCCCUUGGUCUUGGUCUCACAAUUGAUUUAGUUAGUUAGCACCAUUUCUUCUUCAUUUGAUUAAAAACGAGUUUGUAGA